AUAGAACGCGGCGGCGGCGCGCGCGGGGCGGCCCUGUGGUCCUGAUUGGUAAACAAGCGGCACGUGAUAAGGAAGUAGUGUCAAUGGCGGAGCGGAGUGAUGAUGCGGCAGGAAUCCAGCGAUGACGCGGAGGACGUGUCGCUCUUCGACGCUGAGGAUGAGGGGCCGCGGAGACCGAAGAAGAAGAAGAUCCGACAUCCAGUGGCCUGUUUCUUCCACCUCUUUUUCCGAAUCAGUGCAAUAAUUGUCUACCUUCUUUGCGAAUUCCUGAGCAGCAGCUUUAUCGCCUGCUUUGUGACAAUAAUAUUACUCCUAUCUUGUGACUUCUGGACCGUAAAAAACGUCACCGGUAGACUACUGGUGGGACUACGUUGGUGGAAUCAGAUCGAUGAUGAUGGAAAGAGCCACUGGGUCUUUGAGGCCAGGAAGCCUUCUGGAAAAGGGAGGAGAGCAUCUUCGGAAGCAGAAUCCAAAAUCUUUUGGUUAGGAUUAAUUAUCUGUCCGAUCAUGUGGGUUAUUUUUGUCUUCAGUACUUUCUUUUCCUUUAAACCAAAAUGGCUGGCUGUGGUCAUCAUGGGUGUUUCACUCCAAGGAUCUAAUCUGUACGGUUAUAUCAAAUGCAAGAUGGGAAGUGGAAAAAAUCUGACCAGCAUGGCCAGCUCAUACCUGGGCCGCCAGUUUUUCAAAACGGCAAUGAAGAAAGAAGACAGUGAAGAGCCCUAAAAGGGGGAAUGCCAUUUUGGAAAAUAAACUUGAGAUAUUUUCUGUACUGCGAACAGUUCUUGAUUCAACGCUGGCAAUUUUCAGUUGUUUUCCGUAACACCCGAAGAAUCAAUUAUAAUUGUUUUGUAACUUUCUUAUUAAUAUCUGAUUUAAGUAUUGGAAGCUGUCACUGUCUCUCUUAAUUGUGUGUGAUCGAGCUAAAAAUUUACCUUUAAUUUUAGAAUAAUUCCAAAUUAAUAAACUGACAUUUUUUUCUUGGGAUAGUGGCUUCUCACCAUCCAUUGGAAGGAGAGGCAGGAUCUAACUAGUGUUUAAAUAUUAAUUAAAUGGAAAGCAAUAAAUUCAUAUUUCAAUAGAAA